AUGUCCGAUGAUACACCGAUAGUUGUCCUUUUCAAUGCCUUAUACACGGCCCAGAAAUUCAAAAAAGCCAAGACAUGGCAGGACGGAUAUCUCAAAUACCUUUCGGCUUAUUCAAAGUUAAUCUUGUACGAUGAUACAAAAAUAAGAAAACUCGAUAGUUAUUUUGUUAAGAAAAUGCCCGAAGCUGGGGAUGAAAUAGAAUUCGACAGACAUCUAGUCUCUAUUGAAUCCUUUAUCGAAAAGAAGUUGGAUGCAGCAGCGAUAAAUGUGAAAAAGUCCCGCGAAACGUUAACACGUAAUCCAAGGUCGCGAACUAUUUGUUACGCUUCAAUUGAUAUUCCAAUUCCUACUGGGCCAAAUUCUUUGUUGAAAAACCGUUUGGGAAGACGAAGAUUUCCAAACAAAUCUUGGAGGGCCCCCCAACUUUGUGAAUCUCAUGUUGAACCGAUGGUCAUUGACAGCACUGACAGCACUCUGCCAUCAAGUGCGACUGAACCAACCGCUGAUCAAUCACCCACGCUAGUUGAUCUGACUGCACUUGGUCAACCGCCGAAACCAAGCAACUCUGACACACGCAAACAUGUAAACGUUGCGACAACUAUGCCGAGCACUCCGCCACCUGAACCAACCGCUGAUCAAUCGCCCACUGCAUUUGGUCAACCGCCGAAACAAAGCAACUCUGAACAUGUAAACGUUAUGCCGAGAAUAAAGCGACGAAGAGUUGGUCUAAGCAGGGCAUCUAAGGCGUUGUUGACAUCAGUCUUAGAAAACCAGCCGAAUUUAAAAAAGCAAGAAUCUAAUCCUGACACACCGGACGAAGCCAAGGAUGCUGUACAUAAACCGUUGGAGAGCGAUAUUAAGCCUAAAGAAGUGCGACGUGAGACCAUUCAAACGACCUUCAAAGUUAAGACUUUCGAUCAGCCAGUAGAAUUUCCAAGUGAAUCAAACUGUGAAAAGAUUGUGAAGGAAAGAAGUCGCUUAUUUCGGCAUACCAUUAUUCCUGAGCGAUUUACGUCGGUCACAUGUUAUAAAGGAUCUAUGUUGGCCAUGCUCUAUGAGCAUUUGAAUGUAACUCUGGUGCAUAUUGCAGUUGAUUUCUACGCGAAGAAUGCGAUAAGAUUAAGGAAUCCUCAGACUGGUGAUAUGGAGGAUGAUAUAUGGGUCGUAUCCGACUCUGUAAAAUUCGACCCAGUAUCAACAUUCAUUGGGCGUAGUACAUUCUACGGACCAACGAGUAGUGGACGGGUUGAAUUGAAAUGUCUGAACGCUCGCGAUGCCUUUGUUGCCAAGAAUGUGUUGGCCAAUAGUGAAAGCAAAAAUUUGUACGCUAUCCGCGCCAUAAAUGGAUGUUCGGAAUUGAUGAUGAUAGAUAAUCUUAAUGAUAACUUGGAAAGUCUACCAUUACUGCCAGUAUUACUCGACUAUAAAUCCCCCAAGGAAAGGUUUUAUCAGCAUGAUGGACGUAUCAUUAUUAAUGAUGCCAGUAUUGAUGUAGUAGCCCUCUUAGACGAGGUUACGGAAGAGUUUAGUUUAAACUACGAUCAAGAAAAAGUACUAAGGACAUUUGCUGUGAUGACAAUCUCAGCACCUGGGUUAUCAUCAGAAGACAAUGAGAAUGAUACGCCUGUCAUAUUGGUUCAUGGUGUAUUUGGUUCUGGUAAAAGUCGUCUUAUCGCAGUGUUGAUAAUAUUCAUCAAACGCGUUAUAACGCGUCUUGGUGAAGACUUAUCUUAUAAAAUUCUCGUCUCUUCUAUGACGAAUGUUGCCGUAGACCGCAUCCUCCUAGAAUUAUUGAAGAUGGGUUUCAACGAUAUUGUGCGAUGUGGGAGCCUCAAGAAGAUUGCAAAGCCAAUUCUACCAUAUACUGCUCAAACAAUGACCAAUAGUGAUGAUAAAAUCAAAGAGCUCAAAUCUAUGUUACAGGACGACAUUUCUCCUUCUGAAGCAGAAUUCGUAAAAGAUACGAUUGAGAAGUUUAAACGGAUGGAAAACAGAGAACUGAUAUCUAAAGCCCUGGUAGUUGGUACGACGUGUGCAGCUUCCGCUUUGGAAAUACUUGAUAAUAUACGUUUUCCUUUGAUAAUAUUGGAUGAAGCAUCGCAAAUUUCUGAGCCAUUGGCCCUAGUACCGAUGUGUCGGGCUGAAUGUCAGAAACUCGUCUUGGUUGGGGAUCCGCUACAACUUCCACCCGUGUUGACAACUAAUUCCGAUAAAGCGAGCUUACGGAAGGGUUUAGAUAGGACCCUAUUUGAUAGGUCUAUUGAGAUGGGAAUGAAGCCAAUUAUGCUGCGCACUCAAUACCGUUGCCACCCUAGAAUAUCAGCGAUUAGCAAUGACUUGUAUUAUAAUAAUCGGUUACUUAAUGGUGCUUCUGUGGAGAAAUUGAAACCACUCGUGACAGGACUUCCAACACUGUGUAUGAUAGAUGUAAAAGGAGAGGAACGACUGCAUCUACGGACUAAAUCUCUCUGGAAUGAACGAGAAGUAAAUCUGAUUCUUCGGACGCUGGAUCGACUAUUUGAACUGGGUAUCAAAGGGGAUGAUAUUGGCAUCAUUGCUUUAUACAAACAACAGGUUUACCGUCUACAAGAGAAGCUUAACAUGCAAGAAUGCAAAAGACCAGCAGUCAAGAUUUCCACGGUAGAUGCUUUCCAAGGUGCCGAGCGCGACAUCAUCAUACUUUCAUGUGUGAGAACAAAAACCAUCGGUUUCAGCGAUUCGAAUGAGCGUAUAAACGUGGCGUUGACACGGGCGCGUAGACAUCUGCUGAUCGUCGGUCAUGCUCAAUUUCUAAAGAGUGCACCUUGUUGGAAUCGUAUAAUAUCUGAGCAUUGCAUGAAAUCACCGGAUGGAUUCUUUGACGUUAUCGCAUUCAGUCGCCUUAUACAAACGCUAAGUCUAAAUUCCGACAUGACUGGCGCAGACGAUCAGAAAGAUGAAGAUAAUUUUCUAGAUUGGGCUAUGAAACUCAAUCAACAAUAUAGAACAAAUACGAGCAAUUUGGAUACGUCCAUAAAUGCAAAGACUAACAACACAUUAAAUUCUAGCAAUAAUAUCAGGACGCCUGAAUGUCGAACAGCGGAUUUAAUCGUUGAUAACAGUCAGGUAGAGUCAGUGUUACCCGUGAUCGAUUAUAAAGUAGAUGACGGUUACGCAUUUGACUUUGAUUUGGCAGAGUUAGAUUGUCUAGAGGAUGAAAUUUAG